CCGGAGCCCUGCAGCGUGAGGAGAGGCUGAGCGCAGUCUGGAAUACGGCGAGCGGGGAGGAAAAUGCUUCAGCCCGGGAGAACCCGCCGCAGAACUGGGGCUCGGACACCGCACAAUGGACUCUAAAUCCCUGGACAGCUGCAUCCAGAACGCCCUGGCAGCGCUCUUUCCGCCCUUCGAGGCCACCGCUGCCACCGUGCUCUGCCAGGUGCUGGACGUGGUGGAGAGCGCAUACCACGGGGACGGGCUGCGCUACCUCAUCGACUUCCUGGUGCCGUCCAAACACAUCCUGCAGUGCAUUCAGCAGGACGCCUGCUUUCCAUACAAUGGCUUCCUGUUCCGCCACGAGGGCUGGCCGCUGUGUGUUCACGACAAGGUCAUAGUCCAGCUGUGCUCCCUGGACUGGCGCGUGCUGAGGCCCGGAGACUUCUACCUGCAGCUCGCGCCCUGCCCCAAGAAGGCCCCGCGCGUCCUGCUCAAGAGCCUGUCCUGGGACGGCCAGGAUGUGGAGGAGCUGGAGGUGCCGGCAGUGACCCACUCCUCCAUCUUCACCAUGGACUGGCUGGACUCCAUCAACCGCGAGCGCAUGGGCUCGCCGCUGGAGCACUGCCUGCUGAGCGGGGACGGGCACAUCUUCCGCGUGCCCUGGGAGGACGUGGUGCACCCCGAGUUCGUCAACAAGGCCAAAACCACGGAGGGCGGCGGCGCCGGCGGGGUGCAGGACGGCCGGCCCGAAGGGAAGGACGCUGAGCCUCAGGCCCGGCGCGGCGGGGGCGAUGGGCGCUUUCACACGGACGGCAGGGCCUGCCGGAGGGGCCCGGACCGCAGGGCCAGGGGCUCUGAGGCCGAGGGGGAGUACGUGGACCUGCUGGACAUCACCCUGCCCCGCCUGUCCCCCCAAACGGGCUCCCUGACCCAGUCCGUCUCCCUCAACUACAAAAACCAAAACAGAACCAGGACUAGCGAGCAAACGCCAGAGUCCGCUUUCAAAAACAGCACUUGCUCCCAGAGCACGCCUCACUCAGAACUCAUUGAGGACGUCAGACCUCGGAAACCCUCGGACUGUCCCGUCAUCCUGACCCCCACACGGACUGAGGACGGGGGUGAGGAGGGGUUUCUGGGAGGCGAGCGCUUGGAGGGUGCUCCUCACACUCCCGCGGCGGAUAUUUCUACAGUCGUCAGCUUACAGAGCUUAGAGCCUGACUUCUCGGGCCUUCCUGUGGAUUUAAGAGAUUCGCCAUUGGGUCACGGGACGGGCGCAGCCUCUGCGGAGGAACCUGCAGAUUUAAGAGAUUCGCCGUCGGAAUGCGGGGAGGUGCCGGGCGGGGCUGUGGUCGAGGUCAGCACCAAAGAUUCCCCCAGCGACAGCACUGACGACAAACCGACGGGUCUGGAGCCGCACCCUGCGGAGGACAACUCACCGAGGGAGGCCAGCGAGGGCCUCGCCCAGGAAGAGUCCGACCAGGCGACCCUCUCCCCCUCCACACACACGGGCACUCCGUCAGAGGGGGACAGUCCCCUGUCCAACAUGCACAGCCCUCUGUCUAUUGAGACAGGGGUGGGUAACAGUCUUAAAACGGGCCCUAGUGAAGCAGAAUCAGCCUUCCUCAGUGACACAGACCCUUCUGCCCAACAGACUGAGCAGUCCUGCUGCAACUCUGUGACAGAACAGGGAGAGGGUACAGGUGAGGGUACAGGUGAGGUUUCGGAGCUGCAGCAGGGCACUGAUGAGGUCACAGGUGAGGGUACGGAACGGUGUGAGGGUACACCUGAAGGUAAAGAACAGCCUCAGGGUACAUGUGAGGAUACACCUGCGUAUUUGGAACUGCAGCAGGAUACAGCUGAGGGUUUGGAACAGAGUGAGGGUACAGGGGAGAGUACAGGUAAGAGUACAGAACACGGUGAGGGUAUAGCUGAGAUUACGGAACAGAGUGAGGGUACAGGGGAGAGUACAGAACAGAGUGAGGGUACAGAUGAGAGUACAGAACAGAGGGAGGGUACAGAUGAGAGUACAGAACAGAGGGAGGGUAUAGCUGAGAUUACGGAACAGAGUGAGGGUACAGGGGAGAGUACAGAACAGAUAGAGGGUACAGGUGACAGUACAGAACAGAUAGAGGGUACAGGUGACAGUACAGAACAGAGUGAGGGUACAGGUGAGAGUACAGAACAGAGUGAGGGUACAGGUGAGAGUACAGAACAGAGUGAGGAUACAGCUGAGAGUAUAGAACAGGGUGAGGGUACAGGUGAGAGUACAGAACAGGGUGAGGGUACAGGUGAGAGUACAGAACAGAGUGAGGAUACAGCUGAGAGUAUAGAACAGGGUGAGGGUACAGGUGAGAGUACAGAACAGGGUGAGAACACAGGUGAGAUUACAGAGACGCAGAAGGCGGAUGGUGAGCUGGAGGGGGCAGGAGAGGGUGAGGCUGUGGUGGAGCAGGCAGACGGAACAGAAACGACUACGUCAGAGCCCGCGCCCCAACACCUCUCCACUCAGGAGGGUAGCUCGCCUGGUAAAGACGGUGAGACAGGGGUAGCUUCAGAAGAGAAGGUGGCAGGGUCAGAGGGCACUGAGGAGAAAGAGGAGGAAGAGAGAGAGGAUGUAGACGGCCGGGUCUCGGAUUGCCCAGGGCCAGCUCAGACAGAGGAUGAGCGUGUGGCAUUAGCCACGGACCGUGCGCAGAUCCCAGAGGACAGCGGCGUUCCUGGUCCUGAAUCCGGGGCGUCACAUGGACCGGCGCUCCUGGUGGGUGAGGGCGACGAGUCCGGCGGUUUGCCUGACGCCCCGCAGGACCCGGUCGCUCCGCAGGAGGUGCAGGGAGCGGAGGAACGGACAGAGGAUGGGCCUGUGCGUGAAACAGACACACAGACACUCACCGCUACGCCUGAUGUGGCUCUGGACCAUGGACCACCUGCGGGAGGAGACAAAACACAACCAGAGGGGUCUCAUCAACCAGCAGACUCCAGUCAGGGGGAAGCACAGGUGCCCAUGCCCAGCCGGGAGGCCUCUGCUCUGGGGAAGCCGGUCGAUGUGGUGGGCAGCCGGGAGGACGCCAUGACCCUACAGCAGCAGGACUCAGUGUGCCUCUCUCCUGUCCCGGCCAAGGCCCAGCCUGUUCUCUCCAAAGCGCACAGCAUCAACAGAGAGGUGCUGGGCUCGGGAGUGCUCUGUCUGCCUGGUACACGAGACAAAUGCGGGCGUGCCCUUGUGAUUGUGACGACGAGAAAUACAGCUUGGCUAAAUCCCUAUUGCAACAGCAGCGAACUCGCCAGGAUCCUGGAGUACUUCCACACCAUCACCAGGAAGGAGGUGAGCUCCAUGGGGCUAGCCGUCCUGGUGGAUGCCCGCAGAUGUUCACCUGUUCCUGCCCUUUUCAAAGCCUUUAAUAUCCUACAGGAGACGGUGCCCGGCUGCAUCCACACUGUCCUGCUGCUGGCUGACAGAGAUCUGGCCUUUCGUAUGGACAAGUCCUCUGCCAUCCAGAUUGAGCCCCUGUCCUCCCUCAAGUCUCUGCACAAACACGUGGAAGGCGCCCAACUGCCGACAGAGUUUGAUGGCACCUUCCCCUUCUGCCACAGCAGCUGGAUUAGUUUCCGAAUGAGGGUGGAGCAGCUGAUUGGCAGCUGCAAGGACGCCGUCAGCCUGCUGAAGAGCACCGUCUCCGGCCUGGAGGCCACGUCACUUCCUGCUACUGCCGAGGAGGCUCGGGGGUUGCUGAGCAGAUACAGGGAGGUGAUGCACAGCGUUCUGCAGGACAGCCGUCUGGUGCGUCUGCAGCUGGAGGGCGGGGCCGCCCUGUCGCGCCUACGCAAGGAGGAGUCCAGCGUCAGCCUCACCGAGGACUACAGGGAUGCCAUUGAGGAGGUCAGCGGGCUGUACAACCAGGUGGACGAGCUGGUGCAUCGGCUGGUGACGCUGUCCAAUAAGUCCACCCAGGAGCUGGAGUUCAUCCUGGAGUUCAAGGUCCUGGAGGAGGGCUUCGACCAGGUGAGCAGCUGGAUCGAGGAGGUUGGAGAGAGUCAGCUGAAGUCCCUGGAAGUUCUGGAAGAUUCCCUCAAGCAGCAGCUUGUAAAGCAGUCCCAGUUCAAGGACUUCUACACCACUGCUUAUGAGCGCUGUAAGACGGGGGAGGCCCUGCUGCGGAGGCUGGAUCGGUGGGAGGACGUGUCGUCGGAGGACCUGCAGGUGUACGCGGUGAAGGCCCGCUCCUUCUGCGUGCUCCUCAGGGACUUCUCCCAGAGGGUGGAGGAGACCAAGCGCAACAUCGACAAGGCCGUCAAGCUCUACGAGUUCUUCGACAGGGCGUACAAGUGGGCUCUGGAGGGCAUGCGCCACCUGGCCUCCCUCAGCAUGGAGGACUGCGCCACGCCCGAGAAGUGCCAGACCGUCAUCCAGUGCCUGGAGAGCUACCGGCGGCAGCACCCGGAGAUCCCCGACGCGCGCUUCCAGGAGAUGAACGAGCUGGCCGGGGACCUGCGGACCGACGGCGGCCUGAAGCAGUGGAAGUUCGCCUGGGCCAAGUGCCAGGAGACCAAGCAGAUGUUCGAGAAGAAGCUGGAGGCGGCCCUGCGCACGAGGCGGGCGCUGCCCGCGGAUGCGGGGGAGAAGAAGAAGAAGGGCGGGGCGGAGGCCUCGCCCAGACGCCACUCCGACGGCGCGGAGACCCUGCAGGGCCGCAGCAGCAGCCUGUCCUUCUCCUGCCGCAAGGCCUUCGGGGCCUUCGGGGCCCGGCCCGCCCUCUCCAUGGGGGACGCCGCGUCCCUCAAGGGCUCCACCCCAAGCCUGUCGGGCCCCUGCACCCCGCCGAACCCCCACUGCCUGCCCCGGAGGAGCUCCCCGGAGGAGUCCCCUCAGCGGGCCCUCCUGGAGGCGCAGGCGUGGUCCUCCUCCUCCUCCUGCUCGGCGCUGUCGGUGAGCGAGGCCGGCCGGCGCGUGCUGCGUAAGACGCACAGCUUCGACGCCCCGGCCGCCGCCAUGCCGGAGUCGCCGCGCUACGGCUGCUGCCAGCGCACGCUGAGCGACCCGGCUCGCCGUGGCAACACCGGCGUCUUCAUCAAGGGCCUGGAGGUCAGCAGCACCGAGGUGGCCGACCGCGCCUACGGCUCGCGUCUGCCCACCCACGGCUGGAGCCCCUCGGACGGCCUGAGGAACAGCACGCCCGCCCCGGAGCCCAGGGCCAAGCGCAGUAAGCUGCAUCACAUCGUGGACGAGAUGGUGACGACCGAGCGGGAGUACGUGCGCUCCGUGCGCUACAUCAUCGAGCACUACUUCCCCGAGAUGGAGCGGCUGGACCUGCCCCAGGACCUGCGGGGCAAGCGCAGCGUCAUCUUCGGGAACCUGGAGAAGCUGCUGGACUUCCACAGCCAGUACUUCCUCCAGGAGCUGGAGAGCUGCUCCAACCACCCUCUGCGCGUCAGCUACUGCUUCCUCCGCCACAAAGACCAGUUUGAGCUGUACGCCCUGUACAGCAAGAAUAAACCAAAGUCUGAUGCACUGCUCGCCAGUCAUGGGAAUACCUUCUUCAGGAACAAACAGGUGGAGCUGGAGGAUAAGAUGGACCUGGCCUCCUACCUGCUGAAGCCCAUCCAGCGCAUGAGCAAGUACGCCCUGCUGCUGAAGGACCUGAUCAAGGAGGUGAGCGAGGCCCAGGAGCAGGAGCUGACCUGCCUGAGGGCCGCCGCAGAGAUCGUCAAGUUCCAGCUCCGCCACGGCAACGACCUGCUGGCCAUGGACGCCAUCCGCGACUGCGACGUGAACCUGAAGGAGCAGGGUCAGCUGGUGAGGCAGGACGAGUUCACCAUCUGGUCCGGGAGGAAGAGGUGCCAGCGACACGUCUUCCUGUUCGAGGACCUGGUGCUCUUCAGCAAGCCCAAGAGGAUCGAAGGGGGCCUGGACGUCUACAUUUACAAGCAUUCAUUCAAGACCGCAGAUCUGGGGAUGACCGAGACGUCCGGGGAGAACGCUCAGCGCUUCGAGAUCUGGUUCAGGAGGAGAACCUCCAAGAACCACACGUACAUCCUGCAGGCAGCCAGCAGUGAGAUCAAACACGCCUGGACCUCGGACAUCGCCCGCAUCCUCUGGCAGCAGGCCACCAGGAACAAAGAGCUGCGAAUGCAGGAGAUGGUAUCAAUGGGAGUGGGAAACAAACCUUUCCUGGAUAUUAAGCCCAGCGACGCUGCUAUCAAUGACAGGGCCAUCGACUACAUCAUGAAGGGAAGAGGAGCCAGGACACGGGCGUCGAUAGCCGUGUCUCUCUUCGACCACACCAAGGUGAACUCCUCCGUCACAGGGGCCCUGUCAGCAGGAGGGCCCUCCUCGUCCUCCUUCCUGGGGCCCCUCAACCUGCACUACUACAACCAGGCCCUGCUGCCUGGGGGCGAGCGCUCCUUCAUCAGCCCCUGCAUCGAGGAGGACGAGAUGGAGCACGAGACCAGCAGCCAGCCCUCUAUGACGACGGAGAGCUCAGAGUCGUCCCACUGCCUGUCGGGCAGCGGCUCCAGCGGGUCGGACAGCGGCUGCGUCUCCAGCCACCUCCCGGAGGCCCUGUCCGAGGAGCCGGGCUCCCCCUGCGAGCCGCCCUGCUACCCCGGCGUCAGCUCCCCCAUGGCGGGCAAGCCCUGUUUCAACAGCCAGUACAUUUCAGCGAAAGCAGGCCAAAUCCUAACCCCAUCCACAGUAGUGUGAGCGCUCUCCCCCUGCUUUACGUUUAAAGUCCAUCAGCUCUCAUCACCAGGUUUCGCCACACGAGGAAGAAAACACCAAGUAUUUAUUUUUCCUUGUUUCACCAACACCUCUCAUCUCAGACCAACACUGUAAGGGCUGGAGGAAGCACUGCUAAGAAGCCACUUUUGAGCAUAGCUUUUAUACGGUUUAAACAACUGUUUAAAUAUUCUUCUAUUUAUCUUUUUUCCAUGUGCCAGUGUAGUAGUGCUCUGUACUAUGUUGAAAAUUGUAAAUAAUUAUUGUAAUAGUUUACAAUACAGUUAUGAACUGUUUUUGUUCUGUUCUCGUUGACCACUUUGCUGUAGACUGCAAUUAAAAUAGCAAAGCUCUACCUUACUAUGAAAAGGUAUAACGUUAAACUGAAGGAAGAGUGCAGUUGUACUCUCCAACGUUCGAAAGCAACUUGCUUUUUUUUUCUUUCUUUUUGUUUUGACAAGAAAAGGCAGAAUUUGCAUGACUCUUACGUUGCCUCUACAUAAGGUCUCUCCUUCCCGUUAAAUUGACCUGUGGUCAGACUUCCGUCAGUAAGCUGUUUUAUUUUUAUGUUGUUGCGCUGCGGCCAUACCGUUGAAAAAGCCACCUUACCCCUGUGCUUCCGUGGUGUGAUCGUACACGCCGCUUCGAUCCAGUUUGAGCCUGUCAGGUAGUGUGGGAGGCGGCAGAUAAGCCCCAUGUGACCUCAGCUCCACCCUUAACAGCUGGGGAAACACUGGGAAUGGAGUGACCCCUCUCCAAACAGACUGUGACUGUUAAAAUGUAAAAUCUGAAAUUUGGGGAGAACGUUUUUCAGACACAAAUGCUGUAUUCAUUCCCACUUCCUGUUUGUCUUUGUAUCGUAGAAUGCAGGGGAAAAUGACAUAUUGUGGUGGUCUGAUCUAUUCAGCAAUGUGUACACUGGCCUGUGAAGCAGAAAGUGCCAAUAGCUAAACUCUGAUGCAUUCUGUAUAUUACAAAUAUGCUCCGUAUGUUUCGGAAAUCGUACAUGAAUCAUAUUACCUUUUCAAAAGGGACCAGAUCGGAUAAGGGGCAGGUGUUUGACUUUCAGUUUAUAAGCAAUGUUAAAAAGAAAGCAUUUAAAAACAGAAAAAUGUACAUUAUUUUGUAAAUAUUUAGCACCAGUGGUGCUCUGUGGUUUUAGUUGGGAAUAACUUUAUACAUGUCUGUAUUAACCAGCAAGGCAGGGAGUCCUGAAGUGCAAUUCUUAACAUGUAAAAACUGCAUUCAUAGCUGGGGCAGCAUGACUGUACUCAUCUGACAGAUUUCUUAAUCCUAACAGGUUCACAAGUAUUUAAUAAAGAUGAAUUUCUUUGAAUCAAG